AUGUUCUGGACAAGAGUUGCAACAUACUUCUCGGCUAGUCCAAAAAUUAUUGGCUGUGAAAAACGCGACGGGAAUCAAUGCAAGCAACGUUGGCACAAGCUGAAUGAAGCAGUUUGCAAGUUUGCUGGGGUGUAUGAGGCAGCCACAAGAGAGAAAACCAGUGGCAUGAAUGACAAUGACGUUCUAAAACUAGCCCACAAAAUCUACUUCAACAACCAAACAAAGAAGUUCAGCCUUGAACAUGCGUGGAACGAGCUCCGCAACGACCAGAAGUGGUGUGAGCUCGCUACCUCUAAAACUGAAAGUAGCUCCAAAAGGAGGAAGUUCGCUGACGGUUCGCAUUCAGGAGCAAGCUCUCAAGUCAAUGAAUGCGAUGCUGGUGUAGAAGGAACAUCUCGUCCCUCUGGUGUUAAGGCUGCAAAAGCUCGUGGAAAGAAGCCGCAGGUUGAGGGGCAAGAUGUGUCUGAUUAUCAGCUCAUGUGGAGCAUCAAGAAGGCUGACUUGGCAAUGAAGCAACAACUCUCCAAGAUGAGGGUACUUGAGAAGCUUCUUGCAAAGGAGAAUCUAGCUGAUUAUGAAGAAGAUCUCAAGAAAAAGCUUAUAAAUGAGUUAAUGUAA